AUGUCCAUAUCAGACACGACACCGCCCACAACCCAAGCAGCCAAGACUACCGUGUCCUCGACCUCUCUGGCGGCCGAGGAUGAAGAGGAGCUGCGCAAGUUAGACCAAGUCUUCAAACGCAUCCGCACCAACAUCCCCGACGCCCCGUACAUCAUCACCGUCCCGUGUGCUGAGCCGCGCUACCACCACUGGUCGCGGGAGCAGGCCGAGAGCUGGUGUCGGAACACCCCGUUCGAUCCGAGUGAGGAGCGCCUCCAGUACAUGAGCUUCCUAUACCGUGACCACGCCGACAGCUGUUUCGUGUGCCGUACCGAAGUCGAUGAGGAGAGGGAUCGCCGCGCCGCCAUGAAGACCAAGAGCGCUCCGAGCGGCACGAGCACACCGCGCAGUGAUGUGCCCAAGAAGAAGAUUUCGCUGGCAGCCUACAGCAAAAGUAAGCAGGCAAAUGGUCUGCCGCCAAAACCAGGCUCGAGCCAGGAGCAGUCGAAGAAGGAUACCGCCGUCAACGAGUCGAGGGGCUUGCCAGACAAGCCUGUCGGUGCGCACAAGUCUGCGAAGAGGGAUGAUCUUAGCUUUGCCAUGUCCGAGACAGAGGAAGAAAAACCCUUGACGGUGAAGAAAAACCGGUCUACCCCGCCACCGACAAAGAACUCGCGAAACGCCGACAACAAUGGCCUGCCGCCCCUUAUCUCCCCUAUUACAUCUCCGAAUACGACGGGCUUACCACCGUUGCUUUCCCCAACACUUCCCGACGUCAUUGAAGCCGAACUCGAGAAGCUCGCCGAACGACACAAAAGGAAUAGUUCCAGCACAUCUAUCUCAUCAGAACACAAGUCUGGCACGCCAUUGCUAGGUCCUGAAAUCAAGGCGAACCAGUCCUCCACCCCUUCGAAAACAACUUCUCGGGCAGCAGAGAAGAGACCUCCGAAUUCCAAAGCGGACGAGCCCGAUCACAAAUUACCUACCAAGCAUGCACGAGUACCUUCGCAGACAAGUGCCAGCAUGGCCAAGCCACCCCAGGACAAGCCGCGGAAGCUUAUUGUGAAGCUUAAGUAUGGCAGGAAACGGAGACAAGAUGUUGAGCGUUGCCUCAAACUACCACCUGGGCGGAAAGCGCGCCAGAAGGAACCAGAAUUACCACAUGAAGACUCGCAGGAGCCGGAAAGAAUACGGAAAGUGGAUAGUUCUUCCAGGAACAAAGAAUUGCCAAGCAAGGAUGGCUCGCGGAAAUCGGGUCUGCUAAGCGCCAUGGAUGGAAAGGAUAACAAAGCGCGGCACGUAGCAGAAAAGCGCCCCCGCGCUGCAGAGGAUUCUUCUGUAGACGCCCCUCCUCCAAAGAGACCGCGAGCACCUUCCAAUCUGGAUCUGGACAAAAAGCCACGGACACCGGUACCACCAUCAACUCAAUCACCGUCUCUUCCCAACAAGCCCAGCCAGAAAUCUCAGUACCUCACACCACGAAAAGAGGCCAAGUCGAUUGGCAUGAUACGUACCGUCUCAAACGAUAGCAACGGUGUGACAAGCACUCCAGCCCAGACAGCCGAUACGCCGAGUGAUGCGAAAGGCCCGACAUCUAGUAUCAACGGCAGGCCUGGUGAGGCUCAGAUUUGGACAACACACUCUCGCAAGCUCAACGAGCUUGGUCGGCGCCUCAAGCACGAAUCACAAUCAUUAUGUGAUCCCAGGAACCAACCUUCGCUUAAGGACCGUAAGCGAGGUGCGGUGAUGAGCGUAGAGUGCAUCCUCUCAUAUAUGGCGGCAUAUUAUGCCUCGGACUACAAAUCCCACCUUUCCCAUCACCCAACCGAUCUCAAUGCUAGCUGGCGAACUCUCUUCCCUCUCUUCCGCUUCUUCAAGAACAACUGCCAAGAAUUCCCGCAUCUCGAAGGGCUGCGCCUUCAGCUUGGGGCCAUCAUUUGCGCCCGCAUUACCACGUUAGUUGCGCAGCGUCCUCCUCAGCCGGGAGAUAGCGGCGACAAGAACGCCUUCACAACCGAAAAAGCCCUCUCAACGAUGAGCGAGUACAUCCAAAACAUGACGACAUUGGUUGCCGAGUCUCGAUCGAAGCUGCCCUUCGAGGAUCUCAUCUCCAACUAUCCCAAGACAUGGAAUGGCCGGGCGAGGGGUGUUGAUGUCGAGAGCGAUCCUAGAAGCUGGGAGAAGUUGGAGCUCGGCAGCUUAGAGGGCAACUACAACCUCCCGCUUGGGCCAGAUACGUCCCCCAUUCAAGCCGUGCGAAUGGGAAUCAUUUUCCUCAACGAAUGGAUGAAUAGGGAAAAUGUCGAUUACAAGUUGCAAAUCAAAUUGUGA